GUGGAUACAGAGGAAGAGCUCAGCGAUAUCCAAUCAGAGUAUGUGCCUUCAGAGGUGCGUGAUUGGUUGGCCUCUACAUUCACCCGUCAGAUGGGUUUGAUGCUGCCGCAGACCGAGGAGAAACCACGCUUCAGGAGCAUCGUACACGCUGUGCAGGCUGGUAUCUUCGUAGAGAGGAUGUAUAGACGUACCUCUAGCAUGGUGGGAGUGAGCUCUCCUACUACAGUUGUAGCAGUACUGAAGCACGUUGAUAAGUGGUCGUUUGAUGUGUUUGCUCUGAACGAGGCCAGUGGAGACCACGCCCUCAAGUUCAUCUUCUUUGAACUACUGACCAGAUACGACCUCAUCAGCAGAUUCAAGAUCCCGGUCUCAGCGGUGUUCUCGUUCGUAGAAGCUCUGGAGGUGGGCUACGGUAAACACAACAACCCCUACCAUAACCUGAUGCAUGCUGCUGACGUCAUACAGACAAUACACUACCUACUGCUGAAGACUGGCAUCGUGCAUUGGUUGACAGAGCUAGAGAUCUUUGCGAUGAUCUUUGCAGCAGCGGUUCACGACUACGAACACACUGGAACCACCAACAAUUUCCACAUCCAGACCAGAUCAGACACAGCGAUCCUGUACAACGACCAGUCUGUCCUCGAGAGCCACCAUGUCAGCGCAGCAUACCGCCUCCUACAGGACGAUGAUGAGAUCAACAUACUAUACAACCUGUCUAAAGACGACUGGAGAGAGCUGAGGGGCCUGCUGGUACAGAUGGUUCUGGCUACAGACAUGUCCUGCCACUUCCAGCAGCUGAAACAUAUGAAGAACUUUCUCCAGCAACCGGAUGGGAUUGAUAAACCCAAAGCCAUGUCUUUGCUGCUCCAUACAGCUGAUAUCAGCCACCCAGCUAAGACAUGGGACCUACACCACCGCUGGACAGCCUCCCUUCUGGAGGAGUUCUUUAGACAGGGCGAUAAGGAGGCGGAGCUAGGACUGCCCUUCUCUCCUCUGUGUGACCGCAAGUCAACCAUGGUGGCCCAGUCCCAGAUAGGGUUUAUAGACUUCAUUGUGGUUCCAACCUUCACCGUGUUGACAGAAAUGACGGAGAAGAUUGUCCUUCCGCUCAUCAACGAGGCGUCACUCAGCCUUGCAGGGUUCAGACGUUCCAGUCUAAACAGUAUUAGCUGUGAGGAUGCUAAGCGUGGUAGUGUAAAAAGUACCGGGUCAGAGGGCAGUGCUACUGGACAUUUUUCUCUACUGGCUGUGGACCUGAAGAACUUCAAGGCUCUGUGGAACGAAGAGGUUUAUCAGAACAGAGAGAGAUGGAAGACACAGGCCACUAAAGAGACACAGGAGAAGGCCAGAAGGGAGGCUGAGGAGGAGAGAGUACUGCAGGAAGACACUAUGGAACCCCAGGAGAGAGAAAUUGAAACAGAGCUGGGAGAUACAGAGUCACAGGAGGGAGAGGGAGAGGAAGAGGGAGAGGAAGAAGAGGUGGAGGGAGUGGGAGAAGAGGAGAGUAAAGUGCCAGAGGAGCUCAACUUACGUCAGGACAAAUGCACAGUGAAGACCGAAGAGAAAGAUGGAGUGAGGACAGGAGAGAGGGAUGGAGUGAGGACACAGACUGGAAGUGCAGCAGACACCAGCCCACCAUUACAGAAGUCGGUAGAUUUGCACUAGGAUCAAGCAGCAGACCAGGAGGCUGAAGCUCUAACGCUCUCUACUGGACAGAGACUAUUACAUGUCAUCCCUCCAUCCUCCAUCUGCUGUUUCUUAUCAUAUGUAGAGUACGUAAGAGCCAACCUCUACUUUAUACAUAAGAGCUCUUUGAAGCAAUGAGGAAAGAUCAGAACUUCAGAUCUUGAGAACUGACUGAAUUGAAAUGUAAUGGAACCCACCCCUGUUGCUUAUUGCAGGGUAUUUGAGCCAAACCCUUCCUUUCCUAUGUUGUGAUUGACAUUGUUUUUGUUUUUACAGUUGUGGUGCAUUAUGGGUAAAGAGCCUUCACAGACUCUUCAAUCCACCGACACCCCCAACUGGAUGUAUCUACAGUUGAAGUCGGAAGUUUACAUACACCUUAGCCAAAUACAUUUUAACUCAGUUUUUCACAAUUCCUGACAUUUAAUCGUGAAAAUUACCUGUCUUAGGUCAG